AUGAUUUGCGCAUCGUCGCAGAUCCAUCGAAGACUUGCAUCGAUAUAUUUGUUGUGGAAUAUUUGUUGUCUGAAUGUACAUGGUUUUGCCAUCGUGCAAAGCGUGCCAACAAUCACAUUGGACCGACGCACAUCCACUACUUUGGUUUCACCUUCGCCAACCAAGCGUUUAGAAUCAUCUCGGCUAGGAUCAAUCAUCGAUGCAUCAGACACGUGGGGAAAUAUAGCAGGUUUGACUGGCGCGGCUGUGGCAGGGCAAACGCUUGGUGAACGAACGAAAAUUGGAAAACUACUGGGGCCUCCUGUCAGUGCUAUGGCCAUUUCGUUUGUGUUGGCGUCAAUUGGCGUACUUAGCCCGGGAGGAACAGCAGCUUCAAAGUUUCUCCAGGUACUUUGUCUCCAGCUUGCGACUCCUCUGAUUCUUUUGGGCGCGGAUCUGCGUGGGUGUGCAUCGCGCUGUGGACCUCUGCUGGUAUCUUUCUUAUACGCGUCCGCUGCAACUAUUAUUGCCUGUUUGAUCGGCUGGUUAUUGUGCCGCUCGAUGUUAUGUGCAGCUCUUGGUCGAGAUGGACUAAUUAUCGCGGCAGCGUUAUUGGCGAAAAACGUCGGCGGAGGUCUGAACUAUGUUGCCGUCACACAAGCGUUGAAUGCAAGUCCAAAUGCGGUAGCAGCUGGCCUUUGUGUUGACAACAUAUUUGCUCUCGUUUAUUUCCCGAUAACAAACGCUCUCAGCAGUGGACUACCAGAUCUUGAGUCUGAUUCAACUGACAUUACGGUUCAAAAAUCAGAUGAAUCGAUUACUCUUCAAAAAACAACACUGGUGCUAUUUAUUUCAAGUGUUCUGCUAUCACUAAGUGAGCGGCUAGGCGGAAAGUCUGCAGCAUUGCCACUUUGCUCGGUUGCAACAGUCUUGUUUACAUCCAUAGUACCCAAUUCUUGGAUGGGGCCACUACGAGAGACCUCUGAGAUGUUGGGAACUUCUUUUCUGUACUUGUUCUUUGCGACCGCAGGAGCUCCUGGAAUAAGGUUGGCCGAAACGGUAAAGGCUUCCGCCGUUCCAUUGGGAGUUUUCUUAAGUUUACUCUACACGAUACAUGGGCUCAUUCUUGCUGGGUUGAAUCAAUUUUUGGGGGGCUCAAAUGGUCAACUUUGCAGGCAACGACUGCUUGUGGCAUCGAGCGCUGCGAUAGGUGGCCCUGCAACAAGCGUUGCUUUGGCCAAGGCAAAUCGCUGGAAGUCUCUCGAAAUACCAGCUGUUCUAGUAGGGAAUCUAGGGUAUGCAAUUGCAAGCUUUAUCGGGCUUGCAUACUACUCCAUCUUUCGAUAG